CUUGAAGAUUCAUGCCCUCAGAAAGCUCAGAGGGGGUGCUAUCGCCGGAGGAAAGGACGAAGACAAGCUUCAAAACUGCAGAACCUGAAAUCAGGCCUGAGAUUGUGGAGGACUUUGGCCCGUGGAUGCUUGCGACGAGAAACCGCAGAAAACCCAGGCAGCAAGCGACCCAAAAAACUGGGACAAAAGAGAAAGCAGAGGAUGAGAAAUCAACUCAUGAAGGUUCUGGUUCAAGAUUCAAGGUGCUAACCGAGGAGACUGCUGAAGGAGUCGAAACAGAACAGAACCCUGAUGAUGCUGAAGUAAUUGGAGCAAAGGAGAUGGAGGGUGAAAAUGACAAGGCAGAGGAAAAUAGGAAAGAUGAACAACCAAAGGAGAAAGGGAAAGAAAAGAAGGCGGAGAACCAGAAGAAAGAUGGUAAGAAAAGCAACAACAAUGCAGUGAAGGACUCAAACAGAAAGCCUAACCAGAAAAUAUCACCGGAGAAUCCAAAAUCCAAAACGAAAGGGAAUGAUACUCCAAAGAAACAGGAAGAUCAAACAACAAAGAAAACUACAGAAGUUGCCAACAAAGAGUCGAAUCCGCAACCGAUCACGACACACCAAAAUGGUGCUUCCCAAGUUUUCACACCUCUCAAAAUGAGGAAUGGCACGGGAAAGGAGCAAUCGAAGGAUGCCAAACCUGGUCAUCAGCCAAAGAUGAAGGAGACACAAAACAAACACAGUAAAAGCACAGAGAUGAAGAACACAAAACCACCAGAAAAUGUUGUGCAUCCGUCCCGCAAGAUCAACUUUGAUCCCAAACAGGGUAGUGAUGCACAGAUGCCAGAGAAUGCAACCCAAUCCUUGACAGCAAAGCCAAAAUGCGGGGAAGGAAUGGGUGAGACGGCCAUGGCCGUCGAUUCAAACUGAUUUUUUCGACCUUGUGUCGACGUGAGGGAAGUUCUUCUUAAUCGUUUCCAUGAUUAAAGUCUUCUCUUGGAA